AUGUCCUUGAACUUGGGUUCGACCGAUGAAGCACAAUCGAAGAGAGGAAAGCACGUUACCACCGCGUGCUCCAACUGUAGGCGCCGAAAAAUAAAGUGCGAUGGCGCUGCACCUCGGUGCUCUAACUGUGUCCUGUACGAGCAGGAAUGUGUCUACCAGCACGGGUUGGAUAAACGAAAGAUUGCGCCCAAAGAACGCUUGCUGGCCCUGACGACUUAUUGCCAACAACUGGAGACUUUACUUGUCGAAAAUGGCAUCGCUCUACCAAGUCCACCUCCAAUGCACCAUCAAGUGGACCUUGGUAAUUAUUACUCAUUAUCGCUUGCACAGUCGAAGAGCAGUCCGCCAGACCUUGACACAACUAUACCCAAGUUCGUGCCUGACCACGCAAUAGGCACGUGGCCACAUCUGUCAAACACUACACUUCCUGACGGCAACCUGUUGUCAUAUCAAUCAUCUCCUGACCAGGUAACCAUCCCCAGCCAACACGGUGGCUCCAGCAUCAACGGUGAUUCUGAGGCUUUGAUGGACCAAUUAUCUGGCCGGAUUGGAUCACUACAAAUCGCAGAGGAUGGCCAACUUCGCUUCUACGGCGCAACAUCCAAUCUGCAUAUCUUGCACAAUGGUCCGAUGUCGUUGUCGAAGUCGAAGUUUCGCUCAGCCUCCGAAGACGGUGCCAACCUGCUCAUGGGUGGGGGAGUUGGGCACCACGUUGACGAAGAGCUCGAAGAUCAUUUGCUGAAGCUGUACCUGUGCUGGGAAGACCCCAGUAUCCAUGUAGUGAAUGAGAGUGUCUUCUGGCGCGAACGGCGCAGAUGCAAGGCGACCAAUUCGUCAAGUUCCGUCUAUUCAGAGGUUUUGACGAACGCAAUGUGCUCAAUUGGCGCCACACUGACAACAAGGCACUGUCCAGACCUGCCAGAAAAUCUCCCAGAUUUCUUUGCUACGCGAGCGAAACUUCUGCUCGAGCUUGAAAUGGAUGCACCGACAAUUUCUACCGUCCAGUCACUUGUUAUACUAAGCGGCAUAGAAGCUGCCUUGACUAGAGAUGCUCGUGGGUGGCUAAACAGCGGUAUGUCCCGGUUACUGGCGGUCGAUCUUGGCCUGCAUCUUGAUCCUCAGCCAUAUGUCGAUGCCGGAAUGAUCCAAGAGGAAGAAGCAGCGGUCCGCAAAGUAGUCUGGAGUGGUGUUUUCGUCCAUGAUCGGAUGUGGAGCUUAUACGUGGGGAGACCGGUUGGCUUGGACGACAAGAACAUCACGGUCACAUUUUCCGAGAUCGAUCCCAAUUCAUUGCAAGCACAAAAAUAUUGGUCGCCCUAUAUCGACGAAAGCGAAGGCCUGGACAUGCCGAGUAUGCUCGAUCCAGUCGACGAGCUGGCAAUCUGGAAUGUGAAGCUGUGUGCAAACAUGACCAUCAUCCGUGAGACAUUAUACCCCGACGGAUUGACGGAUCCGAAAAGCCCAAGGCAACUCUAUGACUUUGCCUGUGCCAUGCGACUCACACUUUCACAGUGGCAAGUGGAUCUCCCACUGUGUCUAAGGGUAGAUGAUUUCGAUAACAAUACUGUCUAUCUUCCUCAUGUUCUCCAAAUCCACAUGCAGUAUCAUUGUAUUCUCGUUAUCACGACGCGGCCAUUUUUUGCCUCAGCAAAGAAGCUCACCGGUCUUCUUCCUUCUGAGAUUGCUGCCACCCGUGAUGCUUGUACGAAUUCCGCAAAUUCAGUUGCGCGACUGCUUCAAAUAUACCGCCGGAUCUACGGACUCAGGAGGAUUAAUAUCCAAGCAGUCCACCUUAUUUUUACGGUCACCUUGAUACACGUGUUCACAGCCUGCGGCGCCACAGACCAAAUUCGUAGCGAUGUUGCAUGGAAGAACCUGGAGAUUUGCAGUCAAGCGCUCAGCGAAAUAGGCUUGGCCUACAAGAACUCAGUAAGAGCUCUCGAAGUGAUCAUGGGCAUGAAGAGCGAACUCCUGCGACGGUCUAGAUCAUCAAGGGCCAAACGACAUAACCCCUGGAGCGAAAAUGUUGACACAGAGUCUUAUAUGAGCAAAAAACGCAAAGGAAGCAACUCUGAUGUGAACUUCGCUCGACGGAAAUCUGCUUCCACAGAAACCAACCUUUCAACAUUCGAUCCUGGUAUGUCUGACACUGGUCAGGCAUUUAACUUCAUGGACUCUAGCUUCGAUGAGUUUUCUCUGGACGCGCUAUUUUGGAGUGGCUUCAACAACCUGGACUUUCCUUCGCAGGAGACUCAAUCCAAUUUCCCCAAUUCGGACGACGUCUGA